CGUGACAUUAUCGGGGAUACUGUUCCUGACGGCUUGUAGUCCAUCUUUGUGUGGAAUGUUGGUGUAGAGGGCUUCUACAUCCAUAAUGGCCAGGAUGGUGUUUAAGCCACUACUGUUUUACAUGAACUCCUAACCUUUAGAGUAGAAAAGAGUCAACAUUUAUUUAAACACUUAGGGUCAGAUUUGUCACUUACUUGCUUUUGGGGGAAUGAAGGGGAUGGAAAAUGCUGAAAACAAAAAUAAAACAAAUGAACGGAGACCAAAAGCAAUUACAGAAGCUUUAUUAACAUAAAAAUUCAUAUCCAAGAUGGAAGUCCUUGCACAACUGUCAAUAGGGCAGUAGGUUUGCAAGAGUACCAGAAUGCUAAGUAGUCAAUAGAAAGAAUGGAAAGCAGCUGUAAUUAAGAUUAUGGUAAUUAGAUCUUAUGCUUCAGGUUGUGAGUUUAUUAUUACAGCUGUCUGUGAAGAAUGGUUUACAUCAUGUACAACAUUGCACAAUUGGUUAGGUGUAUUGAGGUGAUGAGGUUUUUUGCACUUUUUUUUUUACUUACCUAUGAAGCAUCAAGUAUUGGCCACUGCCACCGGCAAGAUGCUGUAUUUGAUAUAAUCCAGUAUUGUAAAUCCUAUAAGAUAGAUGAAUGAACUUUCAAUAGCAAUUCUAUUCAGAAAAUUGCUGUUGAAAGUUUAUUCACCUACCAUAUAUCCUCUCUUCAGGGUUUGUAUUGCUGUUAUGGACACAUAAUGUGUCGUCUUUGCACAGAGAAUAGCCUGCAGUAUUUUGAAUACACAGAAACAUUAGGCAAUUGUAUGUGAUGCUCCACCAACUGAUAUUAACUUACUGGUUCUCUUCUGCAAUACCAAGAAGCUAAACCUUCAUUGUGCUCUUAAUAAGAGCUACUUAUGCUGUACAGUGUCACGGUGAGCACGUGCCUAGUUAUGCAUUUAUUUUUUCAUUAAUAAAACAGUCCCUCACAAAAUGGCAGUCCACAAAGCAUUCUUUCAACCUUUUUUCCCCUUCAUCAUAUUAAAUAAGGGAAGAUUUUUUUAAUUAAUAUUGAUCUUUUGCUUAAUUUUUGUCCAUGUAAAUGAAAGUCCUGCUGAUAAUGUGAAAUAUUGCUUGAAGAUCUGAGCUCAGGUGGAGCAGUCUGCUCUGUUAAUAUAGUUAUUAAACCAAACAAAUCAUAAGGAGUUGGCUUUAGAAUAUUAUGUUGGCGUUUGGGUUGUUUUUUAUAAAGAUUUCUAGAAAUCUUUUGUUUUAGACCACUAAGAGUAGGUUUAGUUUCCCCUGCAACAUUCUGCAUCUUAAGACAUGCUUCCCCUUGUGUACUGGGAUUUGUUCCAGCAUCACCAUGCUUCUGUGGCUAUGCCUGUAGUUGGAGAAGGAGAGCACCUUUUGAGCCCUGGGUCCCGCCCCUGACUAGGUCAGAAUGGCGGUGGGGGAUGGCCACUUUUGCUUACUCGCUUCUGCGCUCUGCUAUUCAAGGAUGGGGAGGUUGCAGUGCUAGUCCACUCUAAGAGUCUGUCAUAGCUCGCAUCUCAUGUCCUCAUCUUGCAAGGCCUGUGUUAAUGUCCCAGUCCCUGGAGCUUUUUAAUAUUGCCACCCUCUCUUAUGUUACACUUUUGGGGCAAGUGUCUUGAGUAUUUCAGUCUUGGGUGUGUUUUCAAUGUGUUUCCAGACAUUACUCUCCCCUUCUGUGGAGGGUUUGGGGAUUUUCAUCACCUGACUUUGCUCUUGAUUAUAACUGAGUGGAAGGUUUAACAACUUGAUCCUAGUUUAUGAUGGCUUGCUCUAAAAUAGUUCCUGAGAUAGAGCUCCCAUUUAUGCGUGGCUUCUGCUGGCAGGUUCUCCUUUGCUAGAUUCUUAUUUCUUUCUUGCUUUUGGAGGCAGGUGCAUGCCACACAGCUCUUCUUAUUCAACAGUAUUGGGGAGGGGAUGUGGCAUGCAAUCCCAUGUUGUUUUGCCCUCUAUGAUCUUGUCUGCACUAGAGGAUUUUGGCCUGCUAACCAGUGUGAGGUUCUCCUACCAUGCAAGUAACAAUCUACACACACACACUGUUGCUACCAGUGGAACACAGGUGAUCACACCAGUGUGUAAGUUGCACUUGCUGUGAGCAAGGUUAACUCAAGAACAGACCUCAAGUUCUGGCAUAGCAGCUGUGAUGGGCAACUACUUCAUCUUCCACUGCGCCUCUCUGGUAAAAUUUCUUUUCUAUUGAUCUGGGUCAAGUUUUUUCUGCAAGUCCCUCGCCUGUACUGAAUGAGCUGCUGUACCCACUUUAGAUCUCAUGGCACACAUGUUCUCACCAGCAUCCACUUCUUUGUGAUUGCUACAUUUACCAAGCUGCUCUUGGGGCAUUUCUCAGAAGAAACCAUCAUAUGAGCAUAUCUACCGGCUGGUCUGAUGCAGAUGACACAGGACUUUUGUGAACCAUUAGGAUGGUGAAGUGAUAGUAUCUGUUGAACUCUGUUGUGACCAGGUGUAAAAGCAUUUUGCCCAGGAGCUUAUCACUUGCUCCAUGGGACAGUGCCAGGAGAAGAUUAAAAGUCUGAAGCUGCAGUGCAACAAUGCCUGGGGUGCCAAUAGACCUUCCAGGCAGGAAAGAAAAUCUGCCUCAUUUUUAGCCCUUUGGAGCAGAGUUCCUUUUUGACAGCACCAAGGCACCCAGCAGUGUGCUAUGGGGGGAAGAGGAGAAGGACGCCAUCAUCCAGGCCUAGAAUCAGAGUGAGGGCCAGGACAUGUCUGCAACUGUGCUGGGGCCUCAAGCCCUCUUGAUUGAGACAAGUUCCAGAGACAGCAGCCAAAUGGGUUUGGGAGGAUGUGAUGCUCAGGAAAUAAGGGGACCUCCACACAAGAAACCACCACUGCAUCAAGGCCACAACUGGAAAAUGCUAGCUCAACAUAAGCAGAGAGUGAUCAGACAUCUGGCAACACAAGAGGCAGAUUGCUUGACAAAUCUUCGUGUCAACAGGCUUUAAGACAACAGCAGAAAAGAAGAAAUGGAGUCUCAAUGAUGGUUAACAAGACUGUUCCUCGUGUUGUUUUGACACCAUUAAAGGUGUCUGAUGAGCAGUCGGAUUCACCUUCAGGAUCUGAAUCCAAAAAUGGUGAAGCAGACAGUUCUGAUAAAGAAAUGAAACAUGGGCAAAAAUCUCCAACUGGAAAACAAACAAGUCAGCACUUAAAGAGAUUAAAAAAGUCUGGUUUAGGACAUUUGAAAUGGACCAAAGCUGAGGAUAUUGACAUAGAAACACCAGGAUCUAUUCUAGUGAACACUAACCUGAGGGCUUUAAUAAACAAACACACCUUUGCUUCCUUACCUCAGCAUUUUCAACAAUACCUUCUGCUUUUGGUUCCAGAAGUAGACAGGCAGAUGGGAAGUGAUGGAGUUUUGCGCCUCAGUAGUUCCGCUCUAAAUAAUGAAUUCUUUGCAUAUGCAGCACAAGGGUGGAAACAACGAUUGGCAGAAGGAGAAUUUACUCCAGAAAUGCAGUUGCGCAUCAGACAAGAGAUUGAAAAGGAAAAGAAAACAGAACCUUGGAAGGAAAGGUUCUUUGAAAGGUUUUAUGGUGAAAAGUUGGGAAUGUCAAGAGAAGAAUCUAUGAAGCUCACUUCAGGACAGAACAGUGAUGAAGAUGAGAGUAGUUUGCUGUGUGGAUCUUCUGGUAUACCUGGUCCUUCUAAACAAACAACUUUUGAGGACCAUGAACAGAAAAGCAUGAAAAUUCCACCUCUUCCUGAAAGAGAUUUCUGUCAGUCUCUUUGUAAUGUGGAACAAGUUCCAGUCAAGGAUUUAAUGGGGGAAUCAGAUUCAGAGGAUAUAUUGGUACCUGACGAAUCUGUAAUUCAGGAAGAGAUUGCUGAGGAGGUUGAGACAAGUAUCUGUGAAUGCCAAGAGGAGAACCAUAAAACAGAACAUGAGUUUUCUGAGGAGCCAGUAAGCCCAGCUGGUACUAAUGAAGAAGCAGAAGCAGUGCCACUUGCAGACAACUCCGCAUCCUGUGUUGUGAUGAAUGAUGUAAUUGAUACAUUGUCUCACAUUGAAAUUAAAGUGGAGUUGAAAUCAGAAUGUCCUCAGGAAGACAUGUCAGUUGUGAUUGAUCAGCUGGAGGAUUGCUCAUCACCUGCUCAAUCUGCUUCAUCUACAAACUCUGUCAGUGAUACGGCAGAGAGGGAUUCUGAGUCUACAAAAGAGCUAAGUGCUCCAGAAACACAAAACUCUGCUCUAGAAGGCUCAUUGUUCACUGAUGGAGGCAUUGCUGUUGAUAUGGAGCUACAGAGUGACCCUGACGAACAGUUAUCUGAAAAUGCUUGUGUUUCUGAAACUUCCUUUUCCUCUGAAAGCCCAGAGGGACCUUGUAUCAGUAUUGCCUCUCCAGGAGGUGACACACAGUCUACUUCAGAGGAACCCUGUACUCCAGCAUCUCAUGAAACAGCUUGUUCAUCUGAGGCAGCAAGCAGUGAAAAUAUUGAACCUGAUAGUCAGCAAAAGACUAUUGAAGAAAGCCUGCACACACCUUUAAUGUCUGAAAUAUCUCCAGUGUCCACUUCACCUGUAACCUCAGAAGCAUCUCUGACAUCAAACUUACCUUUGACAUCAGAGGCAUCACCAGCUUCUAAUUUACCUUUAACAUCAGAAACCUCUCCAAUGUCUGAUUUACCAUUAACGUCAGAAACCUCUUCUGUGUCUUCUGUACUUCUAGCUUCUGAAACAUCUAUGGCAACCAGUUUACCUUUUCUAUCAGAAACAUCUCCAAUUUCUAAUUCCCCACAGAGUGAAAGACUUAUUCUGCAACAAAGGAAAUCACCAUGUUUAUCUGAAGAAUCCCUCUCCCCUUUAAAAGAAGAAACUUCAACCAUUCCUAAGGCAUCUCAAGAGGAAAAUCUUAAUGCGCAAGAAAAACUGAUUCAAAGUACAACUGAAACUAUGAAAAUGGGUCCGCUAGCAAAUAUACCUGAAAUAUUGGAAGAGCCCCAAAGCAGAAAUCUUACUCAUCAAUCCUGCAGAUCACAUACUGAAAUUGAGAAAUCUUACAUUGUUUCCAUUUCAGAACUUUCUUCUCCAGAAGUGAUCAAAAUUAAAAAUCAUCAUGUUCAGCAAAGAGCGGAAAAGAAAGGUGUGCUCUCACCAUUAGAGAUAGCUGUCGUAUCAGAAGGGACAGUGGGCAAAAGCACUGAACUCCUUCCAGUUAAACCACAUGAUAAAGUAUAUACCUCAUCUCUAGAAAAGAUUUCAUUCUCAGAAGGGGGCAGAAGUAAGCCGCACAAACAACAAAACAGUGUACAGAUCCGGCUGGAGAAUUCCCAUUCGUCUAAGUUAUUAGAACCCACAAAAUCACCUGAAGUAAGAAUUGAAAAUAGAGAUGCAGAGAUCCCAAAGAGGAAGACUGCAGAGCAGUACAGUUUUGGAAUCUGUAAAGAGAAGAGAGCUAGAAUAGAAGAUGAUCAGUCUAAUCGUAAUGCUCCGUUGACAAGUCCAUCUGAGAAAGAGCAGCCACCCAGAGAAGAGCCCCGAGUCCCACCCCUCAAGAUUCAACUUUCAAAAAUUGGGCCACCUUUUAUUAUCAAGAGUCAGCCUGUUUCAAAACCAGAACCGAGGGUUUCCCCAAGUACAUCAGUCAGCAGUGGGAGGAACACUGGGGCUAGAACUCUUGCAGAUAUCAAGGCAAGAGCUCAGCAAGCUAGAGCCCAGAGAGAGGCUGCAGCCGCAGCUGCUGUGGCAGCAGCUGCAAGCAUAGUCUCUGGAGCAAUGGGGAGUCCCUGCGAAGGUGGGAAGACAAGAACACUGGCACACAUCAAGGAGCAAACAAAGGCCAAACUAUUUGCUAAGCAUCAAGCUAGAGCCCACUUACUUCAGACCAGUAAAGAAGUGAAGUCACAGCUCAGUUCAAAGGAAGGUCCUUCGUCCAUAGACACCUCGACAACUCCUGACACAAAGAUUGAAGUUUCUACUGGUGUCAUUAUAGUUAAUCCUAACUGCAGGUCUCCUAGUAAUAAGUCUACUCACCUCCGUGAGACUAACACUUUACUGCAGCAGUCACUUAACACAGCUGCAUUGCCAGAAACUGCUACGGACAUAUCUGUUCACAGUUCUGAUGAAAACAUACCUAUGCCACAUUUGUGUGAGAAAAUUAUCUCAUCUACCUCCACUGAAAAUAACAAUGUGCCAGUGCUUUAUAGUAAAAAUUCAGUCCCUGUGUCUGUUUGCAGCACUGUUAUGUCGGGAACAAUUCAAGAACUUCCCUUUGCAAGUUCUAUUGAUAAAUCCUCUGUUUUAAUGUCUGUUGAAAGUACAAACACAACAAUUUCAGCUUGUAAUGUAAACGUGCUGAAAUCCACCCAAGGAGUUGAUACUCCAUGCAUUGCCAUUGUACCAAAAUGUAUUGAUAACACUAUUGUUCCAGCCUCAAUAGACAGUACAGUCUUAUCAAAUUCAAUUGAUGAGAAAAGGUUGCCAGUAUCAAGUAGCAGUGCAAAUAAUGCAGUCUCCAGUCAAUAUACCACUGUGCCAACUUCAUCCAUUGCAAGUAAUUUGCCAAAUCAUCUCCCAGGUAGUUCUGUACUGAUUCCCCCAGUGGGGACUACUACUAGAUUUUCUUCUGAUAAGAUAGCCAUAUCUGGAUGCAGUGAGCAAAGUACUGUAUCCAUUAACACUACUGUUAGAGCAGCUUUAAGCUGCAGUGAUGCGGCUGCAGUAGUAGAUUCUGUUGCAAGGCCACCAAUUUCAAUGUUUACUGGUAAUAUGGUGGCAAUAAGUUCUUACGACAACACUGCUAAAUUAAGUGCUGACAACUUGGAAAAAAGUUGUGGACCACGAAACCGAAUAGAUUUGUCCAGUAAAUCUCAGCCAGUGAGCUUUACACAAACAGCCGUGAACAGGUCUAUACCUUGUAAAGUCAUUGUUGACCACACUACAACAUUAAAUUCCAGUUUGUCGCUGGCUGCUUCCAUUGAAAAUGCAGAAAACAGCAUAGAUCUGCAGAGCAGACUUGUGAGGGCAGAAACUGCCUUACAAAAUAUAGCAUGUCCUCAGGUGUCUGUAAUAAGCAGGCCUGAAAUAGUCAGUAAUGAAAGCCUUGAGCACAAUUCCAGCUUCAUAACUGUUACAGCAAAACAAGAGGGCAAAACCUUGCAGGCAGCUUGUACAAGUCUUCAAGAAGUGCCUCUUACUCCUCAAGAUAAAUUAAUUGAUGUUGUUGCCCCCAGUCAAGGUUUUGUAGAGCAGUUACGAGGUCCUUCAGCCUUUAAAAGUGAAGCAGAUGCUGCCUGUGUCAAUCAGUAUAACACUAAUAACAGAAUUUGCUGGCAUGAUGAAGAGGCAAUGCACACAGACCAGCCAGUGGUCAGCCAUCUUAACCCAAAUAAGCAUAAAGAAUAUACAGAGCAAAACUGUUUAAAAAAUGUCAAAACUGAGCCUUCAAGUUACACGCAAAUGUCAGAGUUGCAGUCAAGGAGUCUUCUGACUAGCAUCACUGUUCCUGUUAAAUCAGAAACUACCGAAUCUGACAAAUGCUUUAGGAUGGACACUGAAGAUUUUACAGGACCUGAAAUGCCUAGCCAGACUGCAGAAAUAGCCACAAGUGCACAGCUGACACAGACCUCCAAGACAUCUGUUACAGAUUCUAUGGAGGACUCUUUGUCAUUGACAACAGAAACCCUAAAAAGAGUUACAAGCGUUGGAAGCUCUAGCUGUCGUUUGUCAUCAGUGGAGGCCAACAAUCCUCUAGUGACACAGUUACUGCAGGGCAACCUGCCUUUGGAAAAAGUGCUGCCACAGCCCAGAUCAGGAGCCAAACUAGAAAUUAACAGGCUUCCCUUGCCUUUGCAAACUACCUCAGUGUGUAAAACAUCAGCAUCUGAGAGAAGUAUGGUUGAAAAUCCUUCCAGCUCACCCAAUCCAGAUGGUAAAGGAUUUACAGCAGGCGGCAUAGCCCCACUGCAAAUUAGAAAGCGUGACAACCAUCCAAAAAAGCGGAUGGCCAGGACUGUGGGGGAGCACACUCAAAUGAAAUGUGAGCUUGGGAAGCUAUCAAUGGACACAGAUGUUAAAGUGGCUCCUUGUGUAAUCGGUUCCAAUACGAAUCAACUAGGGCAUGGUCAGCCAUUUAAACAAGAGUGGCUGAGCAAACAUGCUGUUCAGAACAGAAUUGCUCACAGUCCAGAGAUCAAACAGCAGAAGAGGCCACUGCCUUCAUGCAGUUUCCAACAGAACUUAUUUCACGUUGACAAAAAUGGCAGUUUUCAUGCAGAAGCUAGUACCUCACAGAGACAGCAUUUUUACCAAAUGUCCAUGGCUGCAAGAGGCCCCAUUCCUACGUCAGCUUUGUUGCAAACUACUUCAAAAGUGCCAUCUGGCUGCAAUGCGUUUGCUUUCAGUAGGCACCUGGAACAGAAGGGUUUGGGAGAGGUCAAUAUUUCUGCAGCAGCUCACCAGCUGAGGCUAGGAAGUGUUUUUUCCCCUAAUGUUCAAAUUAAGGAAGGUGAUGACAUUGCUAGUGCCUCACAAACUCUCCAGAAUAAAGCGUUAGUGCACCCUCCUCCUCCUCCCCCUAUUCCAAACACAGAAGUCCCAUCUGAUCAAAAGCAACUGACAGUUACUAUGGAAACCACUAAAAGGCUUAGUUGGCCUCAGCCAGCAAGCAUCUGUAGCAAUAUAAAAUCUGAACCUAUUUCUUUUGAGGAAGGUUUAAGCAGCAGCUGCGAACUGGGCCUAAAACAAGCUUCCUACGAUCAGAAGGAAGUAAAAGAACAGUUAAAAGCAUUUUCAUUAAAAAAUGCAGAUUUCUCUUCCUAUUUACUUUCUGAGCCACAGAAGCCUUUUACCCAAUUAACAACUCAGAAAAUACAAACACAGCACCCGCAGCAGCAGCAGCUCUGUGGAAAUUAUCCAGCUAUACAUUUUGGUAGCACAAGCUUCAAAAGGGCAGCAUCUGCGAUUGAAAAAUCUAUUGGAAUUUUGGGAAGUGGCUCAAACACUGCUACAGGUCUGUCUAAUCAGAACGUUCCGAUUCCCGUUCAGAAAUUUGCUGACAGCAGCGGUGCAGAUGAACUGGAACUGAAAUGCUCUUGCAGGCUGAAAGCCAUGAUAGUGUGCAAAGGCUGUGGAGCCUUCUGCCAUGAUGACUGCAUAGGCCCUUCAAAACUGUGUGUAGCUUGUUUGGUUGUACGGUAGAAACUGAGUCAAAGAUGCAGUAUCCCUUCUCAGCAUGGGAGAGCAGAACAAAGAAGUGGAGAAAUUGAAACAUUUUAGGCCAUUUUUUUUCUGGUGCUGCUUUGUUUCAGAAUUUAGUUAUUUCUGCUUGCAUGACAUUCCCUGGAAAGAAGAAGAAACCAUUAGAAUUUCUUUAAAAAAAAUAAACGUGUUAUUAAGCUUCUAUAAGCUUCCUUGCUGUCUAAAAGAAAAGGUAUUAAAAUGUCAUUCCUAGCUUCUAUUUAUUUGCACAAAGUGCAGCACACUCUUUCCCCACUUAUAUAUUAUGAUAGCAGACUCUCUAGGUUAAGAAUAACAGGUUAGUUGUAUUCUCAUGAUUUCUAAUUGCUGGGGUACUGCAAGUGCAGAGAUAACAAGAUGACUAACAAAUUGAGUAAAGACUGCUUUGGGUAAAGUAGCUUGGUGUUCUGUUACAAAUCACCAUCAGAGCUACUAAAUUGACUUACAGUUUUUUUCUAAUGAUGAUUGCUUUCUUGAACCCACCUUUACCAUCCAUGACUAACUUAUAGACGGUCAACCUAACAAAAGAAAGAGAGACUUUAGAGAGAUUUGAUUACAGGAGUUUGCUCACUCCUACACAAAGCAUUAUGGAAGGAAGGUUUUAAUUAUCAGCUGUUCUUGUUGAUUCCCUGGGAAUUAAUUUGUAAAUGUGGUUUGAUUAGCUGGACCAUGUCUAGAACCUUCUUGGCUUUAAUGGAGUGUAGAGGAAGUAACGGCUUCUCUUAGAGAGCUGAGCACCCUCUCUUUUUCCCUCUCUCCCCAAACCUCCCCUGUACACCUAUUGAGCUAUCUAUCCCAAACGCAUUUAUAGGUCAGGUCUAGGUAACAAACAGGUUUUGCAUUUCAAUAGCAUUUCCAUGGCCUAAGGUUGAUCCUAAGGUAUAAUUAAUUAUUUGAGGACAGAUUAUAAUUGUGUGUUGAGCUGAAUAGUAGAAAAUCAAUUAUUUUUCCUCCUAUAUGAUUUACUAUCUAUUUAAAUAUGUUUGAGUUUUGACUUUUAAAAAAACUUAUUUUCAAAAAUGACUUAACAUUACCUUUUUUUGUUAAAGAUUUCAGACCACUUACAGUAUCUUUUGGAGAAUUGGGAGUAAAGAGGGUUGUUUUUUUUAAGGGAUACUGCAUCUUUUAAAUAAUUUUCAGUAUUUAUCCAGUACUGUAUUUAUGUUGAGGACUACAGCUGCAUUCCAGAUGCAUUAGCCACCAUAAUAUUAGAGGACAACAGCAGUAAUUUUGGGGCCCUGUCCACCUAAAAGGAAAAUAUUAUAAAGGGAUAAAGCACAUGCAGCUGUUGGGGACAGGAAAAAAUUCUGCUAUUUUUUUUUACUCCAGAUUCAAGAACACAAAAUGUGCAGUACGAGUACCCCAUAUGCUGACAUACGACUGUGACCACCCAAACAAAUAUGAGCAUAGAGAACACCGUAAUUUUUACCAUUGCAGUAGAACCUCACUAAUACAUACAUCUUGCCAUCUGCACAAAAAACAGGCAUUCUAUCCCUAGUUCUCAGUGGAAUAAUAGCAGUGAGUUGAGGUCUCGUAUUGCUCAGAUUUUAGUAUUUAUACAAAACAUAUAACACUACACAUUUACUGGUAUAUCCCGAAGUAUUAACACGAACAAUAAAACUGUCAAAUGAAAAAUACACUAUAUGAUUCAUUAUACUUGUUUGAUUACAAAUUAAAUAAUUAUAAAUUAGUAAGCAAGAAAAUAUCAAACAAUCUCCCUGGCAUCAGUGCACAUUAGUGAGGUUCUGCCAUAUAUGCAAAUCGCAUUUAUUUUCUUUUGGGACCAUUUUUACAAACAUAAAAUAUACUAUUCCUUUUGAUUGUCUUUAAAAAUUCAUUGGAAUAUUGUAGGAAGUACAUUCUUGCCAUAAGAAGUUCUGUGGUGCAACUAGAGUUCUGUUUACUGUAGUAGUGACAUCUAAGUAUUAAUUUUUGACACCAUGUGAUCCAAAGCUAUUGAUGAUUCCAUUAACAAUAUUGUUGCUGAUACAGUAAUAUAUUUUCUGUAUACAAAAGCACUCCUAUGAAAGGUGAAAAUCACACAGAUUUUUCCAAUUUUUCAAACCUUUCUGUGGAAUGAAAAACAAACCAAAAAUAAACAGUUGAAAAGUAAUUUCCAGUGGUGUGCUGAUAGCUACCCAAAUGGGAGGUAUGAUGGUCACAUGGGUAAACAUGAGUAUAUUGUAGUCAUGCAUACCAAACCAUAUUUAAGGAGCCUUCUGUAUUGGACUUGUAUCCUAUUGUAUUUACAUAUGGUAGAGGUAGAAUUUAUUCCCUUAAAUAAACAGAUUGGCCAGUUCUUAAAAUCAUGAUAACCUGUGUUUAUAUGAACCCUCUGAGAGCUGGGAAUCUUUUUACAUCUGGCUCAGAAUCCCUUGUCCACAGCAUGUAUUAUUAUCUGCUUUUACUUGGAAAUGUAUUCUACCCGUGACUGACAUGGUAUUGAAAGAAAAUGCAGCAUCCAGAAAUAUUUUGUUUUGAAUGACUGAUAAGGGAGUGAAUAAUAUGAUAUAAUAUUAAUUCAUGUCAAUGGCAUCUUUGUACUGUAGUUGUAGUUCGCAUAUUUGACAUAAGAUAAAAUGUUAUAUAAAACUGCUUUGGGCAAAAUGAUGCUAAAUAAUAUAACACAGUUGGCCAAACCCCUUCAUGGUGCCAUUGCAUUGACUUUUAUUUGACAUCAGUGGAGUUGCUUUAGGAAUGAAUUUGACACACUAUUUAGAAACAUCUUGUGAGUGGUGUCAGUGAUUUAUAGCCAUGGUGUAAAAUUCCAAAUGCAGCUGAAUGAUUUAGGAACCUGAGUCGAUUGACUUUUAAUUUGAAAAUGGGACUUAUCUUCCGAAAUCAUGCAGGUGAUCUUGAAAAUUUUACCCACCUAAGAUUAGAACUGAAUUUUGGAUUGCUCCUGUUUUUGUCUGAUUUUGUCCAGAUUUCAAUGCCCAUGUCACUCUGUUUUUUAGUGAUUGUGCAGUUUGCACUGUUGAACACUUAAGAUUUAUGCACUGAAAAGUGGUGAGAGGAAGCAUUACUUAAGAAGACAUCUCUGUGUGUUUGUGUGUGUCAGUCCAUCCAUCCUUCCCGCAGGAAUAAUUUACACACACGCAUUUUUGGAAAAUAUCCAAAGUUUUUUUCCCUAGUUGCAGCACUUUUGGGAGAGAGGAAGAAAGACUCUUGCGCUCCUUCCUUCCUUUUUUUUUAAUCUGCAUAUUUUUGAGGUGUAUAAUUAACAUUAGGGCAUUUGUAGUAUGUUUCUGUUCCUGUGCAGAACUAAUUUUCCGGUCAGAAAUUCCGUUAGUUGAAAUAAUGUAAAAAAAUUGGUGAACUGGGCACUUCAUUUCAGCAUUCUGUUUACCUGCUGAGAUUUAGCACGUGAAAAUAAAAUAAAAAUAAAAUAUAAAAAUAAAAAUAAGGUUGAGCCAUAAAGCAGAAUUAUGUCCCUUUUCUUGAUGAGGGUUCUGUGUUCUUAGAGUAAGCUACAGAAUGUUCAUAUUUUUUCAGGGUCCUGGAAUUCCUUGCACAGUUUAUAAACUGGUGCAUAUGGUGCUUUGUAAUGCAGUUUCUGAAGUAAAAUUAUCUUAUGCUGCACCUCCCUUCCCCUUACAAACACACGCACAAUUUCAGAAUAGUUAUUGUAGCCUCUGGUUUAACAGUUUUACCAAGGUGUGGUGAAGUACCAGGAUGAACACUCAAAAGCUCAAAAAUGUCAUCUAAAGGGAUCAUUUUAGCUGACACAUGUGAACGGCCUUGCUUUAAACACUGAAUGACUUUCUACAGUUUUGUGACAGCAGCACAGCGGUUUUUUAUCUGUGUUUCUGUAGAACUUUGGGGGGGAAGUAAAUAAUAUUCAGUGUGGAUAAUCAUGGACCUGUGUAGCUAAAUGUUUCUGAAUCUAAAAAUCCUGUUGUCUUCAGUAAUCAUGCUUUUGUCACUGUAAAACCAACAUUUUUAGUCUAAUUUAAAGGAGCUGCUUCUUUUAUAGCACAUAAUAUUUCGCUUUGUACUAUAUUUGAUAGUUUCAGAAUAAUUUAGUCUGUAGAAUAACUUUGUCGUAUUUGUAAUGUUCAUGAAUGUUACAAGAAAAGUGCUUUACUUUGUUGCCAUAAUUCUCUUGUACUGCUGUAAAAUAUUUCUUCUGCUUUACAGAAACCUAACUCAAUUCACAAUUUCAGUACAGGGUUUUUUGUGUUUUUUAUUUUGUUUUGUCAGUAUUUUUAAUGUUUACAUCUGUUUGACAUUAGCCAUUCAAUGCCUUUUUAGGGCAGUAUUACUCCUGGAGUGUAACAGCAAUGCGAAAUCAACCCAUACUUAACAGGCAUGAGAAAAAGAGAUUUAAGGGGGAAAUCCCUUACAUGCAUAGAUUUUUUGUUUUUUCAUCAACAUAUGGAGAAGUAAAAACCCUCCUUCAAUCCUCUACCAAAGAAAACAUUAUUCCCACAGGAAAAGCUCAGAAAUGGUUCUCUGAAUCCUCCGAAGGGGGAGUAGUUGAUUUCAGUGGGGUUGCUACAAUUUAAUACUGUUAUGCUUGCUUUGUUACCUGACUAAAUGUGACUGAGGGCAAGAAGCAUUUUAACAAUUUUUUUUAAAGACAGUGUUUUCUUUAGAAAUCAGGGAUCAUGCUUUCUUUAAUGGUGCUCUUCAUUUUUUAUUUAAAAACAAAAACAAAAAAACAUUUUGUUGCCUACAAAAAUGACCACUCACAAAACCAUACAUUAAAUAAAUUGAGUUGUUUCCAUAAUUUCUCUCUUCUCCCUCCCCUUUUCCUCUUCCUGGUCCCCUGAAAAUAACAUGGGCUUCAAUAUUAAAUAUUCUGGAAAAAAAAUAAAGAGAUAAAAUAUA